GGGGGCGUGGCCGAGGGGAAAGCAGGAGGAGGAGCAGCAGAGAGGGAGGCAGAAGGAAGAAGGCAGGGAAGCAGAGAGGAGAGGAUGGGAUGGGGACCCCCGGGUGCAGGCGCCCCCUCCCCACAGCCCCCUCCUCCUCCUCCUCCUCCUCCUCCUCCCCAGGCCUGAAGGGGCAGCCGUGGCACCCCGAUGGAUCUUGACCUGGACUACGAGCGGCCCAAUGUCGAGACCAUCAAGUGCGUGGUGGUGGGCGACAACGCCGUGGGCAAGACCCGCCUCAUCUGCGCCCGGGCUUGCAAUGCCACCCUCUCGCAGUACCAGCUCCUGGCCACUCAUGUGCCCACCGUCUGGGCCAUCGACCAGUACCGCGUCUGCCAGGAGGUUCUGGAGCGCUCCCGGGACGUUGUGGACGAGGUCAGCAUCUCCCUACGCCUUUGGGACACCUUUGGCGACCACCACAAGGACCGGCGCUUCGCUUAUGGCAGGUCGGACGUGGUGGUGCUCUGCUUCUCCUUGGCCAACCCCAACUCCCUGAAGCACGUGAAGAGCAUGUGGUACCCCGAGAUCAAGCACUUCUGCCCGCGCACCCCCAUCGUGCUGGUGGGCUGCCAGCUGGACCUCCGCUACGCCGACCUCGAGGCCGUCAACCGCGCCCGGAGACCCCUGGCCAAGCCCAUCAAGCCUUCAGACAUCUUGCCCCCUGAAUACGGGCACGAAGUGGCCAAGGAGCUGGGCAUCCCCUACUACGAGACCAGCGUGGUGGCCCAGUUCGGCAUCAAGGACGUCUUCGACAACGCCAUCCGGGCCGCCCUCAUCUCCCGGCGCCACCUCCAGUUCUGGAAGUCCCACCUCAAGAAGACCCAGCGGCCCUUGCUGCAAGCCCCCUUCUUGCCCCCGAAGCCCCCGCCACCCAUCAUCCACAUCCCGGAGCCGCUAUCCGAGGAGGGCCGGGGCCCCACCGCCCUCUUCCACCAGCCCCUCUGCGCCGACGUCGCCUUCUUCCUUCAGGGGGGCCACCGAGUCUUCGCCCACCGCGUCUACCUGGCCACCUCCUGCUCCAAGUUCUAUGACCUCUUCAUGCUGGACUUGGGGGGAGAGGCGGUCGCAGGGGCCAAGGAGCCCGCCGGCAGGACGAAAAGCUUGGACGCCGCGGAUAAGGCGCCGCCGGGACCCCCGGCGGCCUCUCUCCGGACCUCGCAGAGCGACGACCCGCUGCGCUUGGCCCCGGCCGCCCGGGAGUUGUCCGGCUGGGGACGGGGCUUCGUGCGCAUGUGUCCGGAGGUGGUGCGGGACCCUGUGACGCUGCAGGAGAGGCCCAUGACGGCGGUCUACCUGGACGGGCUGGUGCAACCAGGCCCCUUCCGGGCGGUGCUGGAGUACCUCUACACGGGACACCUGGAGCAGCACCGGGCUGACCUCAUGCAGGUGGCCGCCAUCGCCGAGCUGCUCGAAGUCUUUGACCUGCGCAUGAUGGUGGCCAACAUGCUCAACAAGGAGAGCUUCAUGAACCGCGAGAUCACGAAGGCCUUCCACGUGCGGCGGGCCAACCGGAUCAAGGAGUGCCUUACCAAGGGCACCUUCGCAGAUGUGGUCUUUGUGGUGGACGACGGAUCGGUGCCGGCGCACAAGCCGCUGCUCCUUGCAGGAUGUGACUUCAUGGUGGCCAUGUUUGGCGGCACAUUCCGGGAGAGUUGCGCUGCCGAGGUCCCACUUCCGGGCACCAACUGUGCCUGCCUCCGCGCGGUGCUGGAGUUCCUCUACACGGGCCACUUUGUGCCCACUCCGGACUUGGACGCCAUGGAGCUGCUGGUGCUGACCAACCGCCUCUGCCUGACCCGUUUGCAGGCCUUGACUGAGCAGUACGCAGUGGACGAGCUUGUGCACGCCAGCCUGCAGCAGGUGGAGAUAGACGCCCAAGUCAUCCUCUACCUGGAGAUGACACAGUUCCAUAACGCCCGCCAGCUGGCUGCUUGGUGCCUCCACUAUCUCUGCACCAACUACAACAGCGUCUGUCGGCGGUUCCCCCGCGAAAUGAAGUACAUGUCUCCAGAGAACCAGGCCUACUUUGAGCGCCACCGCUGGCCCCCCAUCUGGUACCUGAAGGAGGAGGACCGCUACCUGCGCCUGCAAAAGGAGCGCGACCUGGAGGAGGAGGCGCUACGCAAGCAGCACCCGCGCAGCAAGUGGUGCUUCUGGCGCCCUCAUCACACCAGCCACAUCUCCUGAGCCCCCCCCUUCCGAUAUCGGAAACGGGGGUCUUGUGGGAGGUCAACGCUGCCGUUCGGUCGGCGCCUUUGCUGGCGAGGGUGCCGGCUGGCCAGCAGUGGUUGGGCAGAGGGGAGGCCUGUACCCCUCCCUCUCCAUCAGCUAUUAAGAGGGGUCCCUGCCUUGUUUACAGUCUCUCCCCCCCCCAGAAAGACCCCUCCUCCCGGAGUGCCGGCCCUGUGCCUGUCACUGCCAUGCCUUCUUCACUCGUUGUUUACACCCCUGCGCUGUUUGUGGGCCCCGAUCCACCUCUCUCUCUCUCUAGUUGCUACCUCUGACCUUAGCAGUAUUUUGGUGACUGAGGGAGGGGAGGCCUUUGGGGUGGAGCUGGGGGGGCUGUGACGAGCGAGGAAGGAGGGGGGGCGCUUCGGAUGAGGUGCCCGCUGGAUCCUGCCCCCUCCCCAAAUGGGACUGGAUGGAACUGGAUUCUUGGUUUGGGGUGAAUCGCUGUGUGACUCGGACAGGGGAAAAAGUGGGGAGGGGGUUUAGGGGGGCUUUCUUUGCAGAGUCAGUAAGUAAGGGAGGGUGCAUGGGGACGUAGGGGCCAAAUGGGGCCCCUGACGAGGGGAUGGGGUAGAGCAGGUAUGGGCAAACUCUGGCCCUCCAGGUGUUUUGGACUUCAACUCCCAGAAUUCCUAACAGCUGAGGCCCUCGAGGUGUUUUGGACUUCAACUCCCAGAAUUCCUAACAGCCUACCGGCUGUUAGGAAUUCUGGGAGUUGAAGUCCAAAACACCUGGAGGGCUAAAGUUUGCCCAUACCUGGGGUAGAGUGUCUCUGAAGGCAUCUUGGUGUAGACGUUGCUUCCUGUUUUGUGCUUGUCUGCUGUGAGGGGGGGGGGGGUGCGUGCGUGUGCGCAGAGUGGGACCCCCUCCCCAUUUGCCUGCCGACGUCUGUGCCUUGGACACAACACACGCCUCUUCCCAGCACGGGCCACACCUUGGUGCAUUAAGGGAAGCGGUGGCCAGGUGUGUGCGUGCGUGCGCGCUUUGGAGAGAGGGGAGGGUCGCCGAGCCCCCCUCCCUUGGGAAAUUGCACACACCCAGAUAGAAAGGUGUUCCCCCCACCACUACCACCACUUUUUUCUAAUCCACGCUCCACUUUCCUCGCCCCAAGACCUCAGCCAAGCACAAACCUAACCCGGGGUGGGGGCCCCUUUUGUGGCACUCGCUGUUCUGAAGGGCUUUUGGGUCACGUGCGCCUCUUGUGGGCCACGUGCACCCACGUUUCUAACCACUGUGAGCUGGGCCUAGCCUCUCCUUUUCUUACACACUUCAGUAUUGGACUGUUUUAACCUUUAAUAAACGCCUUUUUUGUAUUGUG